AUGCAGAACAUGCUGGUUCCGCCCUCGAAGUCGGAGCUGUACCAGUUCGAGGCCAGCGCUUUCCCCCGGCCCUUCGUGAUCUUCAACGCAGGCUGCUUCCCAUGCAACCGGCACACCGCGGGAAUGACCUCGACCACUUCCGUGUCUUUGUCGCUCUGCCGGGGGGAGAUGGUGAUCCUCGGCACGCAGUACGCCGGGGAGAUGAAGAAGGGAGUCUUCACGGUGAUGAUGUAUCACAUGCCCUUGCGACCCGAGCGGCAUCUGGGCCCCGCAGAGAGGGCCUUGCCACUGCACUCUUCCUGUAAUGUGGGCCCUGAGGGAGAUGUCUCCCUGUUCUUUGGGCUUAGUGGCACUGGGAAGACGACUCUCAGCGCGGACCCGGCGAGGAAGCUGAUUGGGGACGACGAGCAUGUCUGGACGUCCAAGGGCGUCUUCAACAUCGAGGGCGGCUGCUAUGCCAAGUGCAUUAACCUUUCCCGGGAGAAGGAACCCGAGAUCUACGAUGCCAUUCGCUUCGGCAGUGUGCUGGAGAAUGUGGUCUUCGAUGAGUGGAGCCGAAAAGUUGACUAUGACAACGUCUCCCUCACGGAGAACACACGCUGCGCAUACCCCUUGCACUACAUCCCCAAUGCGCUGAUCCCGGCAAAGAUCGACAGCCACCCAAGCAACGUGAUCCUGUUGACCUGCGAUGCCUUCGGUGUGCUACCGCCGAUCUCCAAGCUCACGAAAGAGCAGGUGAUGUACCAUUUCAUUUCCGGCUACACCGCCAAGGUGGCCGGAACCGAGAUGGGUGUUACGGAGCCACAGGCCACCUUCUCGGCUUGCUUCGGGGGCCCCUUCCUGGCCAUGCACCCCUACCACUAUGCAGAGAUGCUUGCAGCCAAGUUAGAGAAACACGGGGGCCAUGCCUGGCUUCUGAACACCGGCUGGGUGGGUGGUGCCUACGGCAUCGGCGAGCGGUGCCCACUGAAAUUCACCCGUCAGCUGGUGGAUGCCGUGCACGACGGCACGCUGGCGGCCCUGGAGGACGAGGUUGCUGCUCCAUUAAAGGCAAUCGCAAGGCAUGGGAACGUGAUACUGUUUUUGUGGCAUUUUGACUGGGGCCACCUGCUCUAG